UAUAUUGCACUAAUAUUUAUAUUUAUCGCAAGACAAACAGUCCAAAAUAUAUAGUGCGUGGCAUGCAUCGUUUACUUGGAAUACACUUCCAAUGCGAUUUGACGUUUAGCAUGGAGAAUUUUUGUGGAGAUAAAUGUCAAUGUCAAAUGUCGGCUAUAAAUUGAACAAUAAAACGAUGUUAUGCAAAUUGAUUUUGGAUAAUCGACAAAUUUUUAAGCAAUUCUACCUGCACCGUGCAUAUUGUACACGAAAUGAUGCUAUUGAAACUGUUUUGCGAUCCGAGUUUUUAGGUUUUACGAGACUCAAAGCGUCAACAUUUCUCAAUAAGAAUGAAUUUUUGCUCGAAUGUCAACCAGACGAGAUGAAAAAAACAUUAAAACAGCUCAAACGAUUAAAGUUUCAUAUCAACGACAUUGGAAUGCAUCCGAAAGUUUUGUUACAGACCGAAUAUGAAUUGUUGAAUAAUUUUCAGCGUCUUAAAGAAGUCGGUUUCACCGAAGUGACCACCUAUCGUUUAGCCUAUAUCAAGAGAAUAAUGUUAAAAUCUGUGCGUUUUAAUCAAUGCUUUAAUUUUCUACCGAAAAACAUAGAUAUUAUUAAGAACAUAUUUGCCAGUGCAAAUGUGCCGCUGGUUAACGAUAUUGGGUACGCAGAUCAAAUGUCAUUGGAAGCAGUUCAUCGAGUGGCACUUCGUAAUUAUAUGAUGAACCAAAUCAAAUACACAGAUGCAGAAAUUGAUAAAGUAUGGACCAAUUGGGCAAGUUUGAAAAAACGAUCAUUGCAAAGUAUUGCCCAAACGGUAGAAUUGCUAGAGAAAACAUAUCAAGUGCCUAUGAAACAAUUACCAAAUCACAUGUUGCUUCUACAACCAGAAGAUAUUCAAGAAAUGGUGCACACAGACAGACUGAACGGUUAUGAUGUUAAAUAUAUGAUGAGAAAUGUAAAGAGAUGCAAUUUAGAGCAUUUGAAAAAAAUACAAACUACAUGCUAUUCCUACAACAUUAGUGACGGUGCACUUAAAUUUACACCGAAACUAUUCCAAAUGAACGUUGAUGUACUGAUUGAACGGGCAGAACAAAUUGCCAAAAUGAAACGUGGAACCGAAUUCUUGGAACAUGUUGGCAUUGGUAGACUGAUUGUGGGCAUGGGACGCCUUCAGCAAUACGCCAUUUCGAAGGACAUUCUUUUCGAAAACAUUUUAACUGAUGACUUUAUUGAUUUCUUUUUGAAUGGAUAUUUGAUGAAAAGAAAUAAUCCAGCGAUAUUCUAUCUGAGUGAUGAGUUGGGAAAAGAGGUUGACGACAUUCAAAAAGCUCUCCGGGUGCAUCCGCAUUGGAACAGUUCUACAUACCGUACUGUUAGUGCCAAUUUAAAGUAUUUAUUGUGUCAAGGUUUUACACGUGAAGAUAUAUUCAACGAUCUGCCCAUCGUCCUUUAUUCAUUAGUUGAAAUUAAAGAUGUGUUCAACCGACUGAGUGACCCAGAGGAAAUGAAAAAAUUACAAAUUGUGCCCGAUGAAUUGUCGAAAUCACAAAUUUUGCAAUUGUGCAUCUAUUUCAUUGAGCAGAAAUGUAAUUUUAAUUAUGAAGGCAUGUUUUUGAACUCAGACGCCACACAAUUCCAAGACGAUGAAAGUAUCCGAUUUGAAGAAAUAAUCAAGGCAACAUAUUUACAAUAAUCAUAAAAUGUACAUAAUAUAUAAUAUUUUAAAAGAAAAAUAUAAAUGUGAAUGAGGAA